AUGAAGGCGACGUCGAACGGGUCGUGGCAGGCCGACAACUCGCUGGACUGCGCGUUGCCGCUGGCCAUCGUCCAUAUCUGCCUGGUCCCUCCGAGGGAGGCCUUCACGCAGGCCUUCCUCGUGAACACCAAGUGGCUCGUCGAGAUCGUCGUCCUCAACAUCGGCAAGGACCGCAAGCUACGCAAAACUUUCCCGCCGCGCUCUCUCCUACUAAUGGUGCUCGACGAGGAGCCGCUCGCCAUCCUGGUUCUCAUGGCUCUCUUCACCACCUUCGUCACUAAGGUCAUCCUGGUUCUGAACGGUUGCCCGGAGUUGGGGCCGGUGGGGAGCUAUCUGGCAUCGUCCGGGUUCUCGACCACAUCGUCGGUGAUCCGGCGCAUUGGUUUCGCCGUGUGUUAUGAGAAGGUGACGUCACCCAUGAAAAAUGAGGGCGCCUAUUGUGAAUAUCUCGCGUCGCGCGUGGCCCAUUUCCGCGUGCUUUCGACCAAGCAAUCAAACAGCAGCAGCGGCAGCGGCAGCGGCAGGUGGUCGCCUUGUUGGAGCUUCCUUCGAAUUGAAUCCUUACCCUCAAUCCUGCAUCUCUUUGCCCCAAUAAAGCAAAAGGAUAGAAAGGGCACCACCAAGCGCAAGCCGCUUCUAUUCCUUUCCCCUCCCUCUCCGCCGUCUCCUCCCCUUUCCCUGCAGAUCCUCGAUCGCUCUUCUGCUCGAGGGCUCGACGCCAUUCCCUUCGUGAAGAACUUGUACGAGCACAAGGAUCAAAUCUAUGUUGAAGUCUCAGAAAAGCAUAAACAGUUGUGGAAGAUAUUCUGUGGAAUUCCACGGAAGAUGUCAAGUUCAUCUGAGAUGUCAGGGAAGAAUGUUGAGACUUCCGAGCUACAGACAAUGGAAGAUGAGCAUGCAAGACUGGUGUUGCCAAGUGAAUCAAGAAUAUCCAAUUUUGACCCUCAACAGGUAGUUGAAAAAGCUACUUCGAGAUCGUACAUCUGGUGGAUGAAAAUUCUCUUUUUCUGCUUUCUGUUGGUGGUACUUAGUUUCGUCUUCGUCAAAUGGGGAUUACCGUUUGCUUUGGAGAAGGUUCUCCUGCCAAUUAUGGAGUGGGAAGCAACUGCUUUUGGGCGGCCUGUUCUUGCUUUGGUACUCAUUGGAUCCUUAGCUUUGUUCCCAGUUUUGUUAAUUCCUUCUGGGCCAUCCAUGUGGCUGGCUGGAAUGAUAUUUGGAUAUGGUCUUGGAUUUCUUAUAAUUAUGGUAGGAACUACCAUAGGCAUGGUGUUGCCUUAUUUUAUUGGCUUACUGUUUCGUGAACGGAUACAUGAAUGGUUGAAUAAAUGGCCUCAGCAGACUGCUAUACUUAGGCUGGCUGGGGAGGGAAGCUGGUUUCAUCAAUUUCGAGUCGUUGCGCUCUUUAGAAUUUCACCAUUUCCAUACACAAUCUUCAACUAUGCAGUAGUAGUGACAUGUAUAAAAUUUGGUCCUUAUCUCAGUGGCUCUAUCGCUGGAAUGAUACCUGAAGCUUUCAUCUAUAUUUAUAGUGGACGGUUGAUACACACACUGGCAAAUAUGAACUAUGGGAAUUAUACCAUGACACCGGUGGAGAUAGUUUACAACAUCAUAUCCUUUGUCAUCGCCAUUGCAAUCACAAUUGCCUUCACAGUAUAUGCAAGGCGAGCUUUGGGUGAUCUCCGAAAGGUAGAAAGCAGCAUUAGUGGGGGCGACAACCUGAAUGGUACAGAUAUAAGAGGAGGACUUGGCGGACUGACCCGCAAUCUUUAUCAGCGGAGUCAGGAGAAAGUUAUACAUGGUAACUUUUGCUCGACGAUUUUUUUCCCUUUUUUUCCAGCUUUUGUAUAGAUGGUGCACUGCAAUUUUUUUGCUUAAAAUGAAAAUUGCAUUCCUCUUGAAUUGCUGUACGGUACAUGUGUCGCUUAUUGAGUCAGGAGUCCAAAAGAACAUUCAAACCA